AUGACAAAAAAGCAAAGUUCUUUUCACCCACCUGUAGAUGACCCACAGAGUGGAGAACUGCUCUCUGAAAGGUGGAAUCCUCCUCAGAAUGUCAGGACCAUCCUCUUAAAUGUAAUCUCAUUGCUUAAUGAACCCAACACCUUCUCCCCAGCCAAUGUGGAUGCAUCAGUUAUGUUCAGGAAAUGGUGGAACGGUAAAGGAAAAGAUAAAGAAUAUGCUGAAAUCAUUAGGAAACAGGUUUCAGCCACUAGAGCUGAAGCAGAGGAGGAUAGAGUGAGUCCUACAACCUUGAAGGAAUACUGCAUCAAAACUAAAGUGCCUUCCAAUGACAACAGUUCAGAUUUGCUUUAUGACAACUUGCAUGAUGACGACAUUGAUGAUGAAGAUGAUGAGGAAGAAGAUGCUGACUGUUAUAAUGAUGAUAAUUCUGGGAAUGAAGAAUUUUUUGGGGGCCCAAAGUGUCUUGCAGUGCUUCAGUCACCCAAAUCCCAACGUUUACAGGCAGUAGAUUGGUCUUGUUCUAGGACCCCUAAAAUUCAAUCUCCUCCCCUAAUUGCUGAAGAAAUUCUCCUAGGGCAGGGCAGGUAUUUUAGCAUUGUGAUUGUGAGAGGUGCUACGCUGCUCAGCUUUGUCCCAUAG